GGGGAGGCGCGGGCCAGCCCCCAGCCCAGGGCUGGGUGCCACGUGGUGCUGCUCCAAGCGGAAGAAACUGUGUGUGUGCGUGUGUCGGUGUGCGUGUGUGCAGCAGCCGCGGCGGCAGCAGCUGGAACGAGAUCCAGCAGCGUCCGAGCAGCGGCGGGGAGCCGGAGCCGGGGCCUGGGCCGGGGCCGGUGCCGGUGCCGGUGCCGCACAAGGCGGAGCCGCCCCAGCCACCCGCCUUCCCCGGGGCCGGGGGGCGGCGGCCGCGGAUGGAGGAUGGAGCCCGCCCGGCCGCGGCUGCCUUGCUGCUGCCGUGGUCUGCAUUUGAACCAGUGACCUACAGACCAGAGGCUUGCUGCCCCCCUCCCCCGGCUCUAAGGCAGGUCUCUGGCGUGCAGAGGUGUGAGUUGGGAUCCGACGCAGCCUGGGGAGUCUUACUGACUACCCGCCCCAAGCCGUGCCAUGGACUCCAUGUUCGAGGAUGACAUCAGCAUCCUCACCCAGGAGGUGCUGUGCCAAGAUGAGGAGUGGCUGGACAGCCCCAACACAGACCUCUCCAGUGAGAUGUGCUCUGCCUCACAUUUCGCCCUCAUUACGGCCUACGACGACAUCAAAAACCGCCUGACCGGCCUGGAGAGGGAGAACUCCACCCUGAAGAGGAGGCUGAAGAUGUACGAGAUCAAGUACCCAGUGAUCGGCGAGUUCGGGGAGGAGCACAUCUUCUCGGUCUACGACAUGAAGGAAAGCUCCCUGCUGAAGAGCGAGAAGGCCAGCCUUCAACAGCAACUAAACCAAUUCCAGCAUGAGCUGCAGAAGAGCAAAGAGAGGGAGGAGCAGCUGGAUGAAAUGAUCCAGGCCUAUGAGAAGCUGUGUGUGGAGAAGACCGACCUGGAGUCAGAGCUGGGGGAGAUGAGAGCCUUGGUGGAAACGCAUGUGAAUCGCAUCCGGAACCUGGAGCAGCAGCUGAGGCAGCGAGACGGCAGCUCCUUCCAGAACCUUAACUCCCAGCUGCAGAACCAGGAGGUCCAGUACUUGUCACUCCAUGGCAGCCCUGCCUUGACGCAUGUGCUAGACUGCUCGAUGAGCUGGCAGAGCCCCCGGAGCCUGGAGCAGCCCAGCGAGCUGGAGGUGCGGAGGCUGGAGGCCCAGCUGGAGGAGGCCAGGCAGGAAGCCCAGCACUCGCAGCACCGGGAGGAACAGCUGAAGGGCGAGUGUGAGCAGCUUCAGGCUGAACUCAAGCAGCUGCAGGAGACCCGGGCACAGGACCUGGCAACCAGUCAGUCUGAGCGGGACAUGGCCUGGGUGAAGAAAGUCGGCGAUGAUCAGGUGAACCUGGCGUUGGCCUACACUGAGCUGACUGAGGAGUUGUGCCGGCUAAGAAAGCUCAGCUCCCUGCAGAGCCAGAUCCUCAGGACGCUGCUGCAAGAGCAGGCCAUCAACGGCGGCCAGAGGCACUCUCCGCUCUCACAGCGCCACUCCCCUGCCCAGCAGCGCCGCUCUCCCGCACCACAGUGCCCCUCUCCGGCUCAGCCGGGGCGGUCCCCCGUCCCUCAGUGCCCCUCUCCUGCCCUGCAGCGGCGGUCUCCAGUCCCCCCCAGCCAGUCCCCUGCCCAACAACGUCGCUCGCCAGCGCCACCCCCUAGCCAGUCCCCUGCCCAGCAGCGUCGCUCUCCGGCACCCCCUCCCAACCAGUCCCCUGCCCAGCAGCGUCGUUCUCCAGCUCCAUCCUGCCCAUCGCCUGCUUCCCAGCACAGACCCCCGCCUGGCAGCGAAAGGAACGUGAUGGAUCUGGGGUACUCAAAGCCGUCGAGCCACCACAUCAAAGCCAGUUUCCAAGGCCGCCGCAGCUACUCGGAGGUGAGCGACGCUGCUAUGUAUCAGCAGAACCGCUCCCUGUGGCUGCAGCCCGAGGCCUCCACGCUACCAAAGCACCGUCCCUACGGCGAGGUUUACAUCGGGGGUGCCGGCGGCCCUCUGAGUGCCAGAGACGCCUUUGAGGAACACCUGCGCUUUGAGAAACAGUCCUCAGAUGAAGACGACUGGGCCGUCCCCAGCCCCCCCAGCCCCGAGGCUGGAGCUAUCCGCUGCGCCUCGUUCUGCGCUGGCUUCCCUAUCCCCGACCCCCCUGCACACCGGACAGCUGCCUCCUACUCCAGGGCUGAGCACGCGCAGUCCUGGCCAUCAAUCAAUCUGCUGAUGGAGACGGUGGACUCUGACAUCCGAAGCUGCCCGCUGUGCCAGCUGGCCUUCCCUAUUGGUUACCCGGAUGAUGCUUUGAUAAAGCACAUUGAUUCACACCUGGAGAACAGUAAGAUCUGAGGCUGCUCCUCUUCACUCCUCUUUCCAACUUCCUUACUAUGCCCUGGUCCCCUUUUGGAUGCUGCAUGAAAACUCGCGGAGCAACACGGCUCCCUAAAUACCUCCAAGUCUUCAGUAGCUACAGGACAGACUGAACCACGAGUCUCGCCUCUCCCUCUCCCGCCUUGUCUCGUUUCUAAGUGGGUUUCUUUUCCCCUCCUCCUUCUCCCUGUCCCCUGGAAGAAUAGGAUCUGCAAUACCUUUUGAUGCUUGAACCAGCUGGGAACAACUCUGGUCUGGGCACUGGAGGCAAAGCUCUUCAGCGUGGCUUCUGACAGAAGGAAUCAUCUGCCCUUCUCCGUAGGUCCCUUCACAGCUCUCGCUGCACAGUUUGGUUUCUCUGGAUGACCUCAGGGAGGAGGGAGUGAUGGAUCCCCCCACACAUACCCUGAGCGGCAGGUGAACUGAGGGGCUGCCCCUUACUGAGGUGCUCAAGUGAGAGGCAUGGAGAGUUUGCCUGUAAUUUUGUGCCCAUUGGGAAGGACCCAGAGGCUUGGCUCUCUCUCUCCCCUUUUCCUGGGGGUUUAAUUGUUACAGGGCUAGUUGGUUAUUUUGAGCAUUGGUCUUGACAAGUUUCAGACCAACAUGUUUCAGCUACUUGCUGCUGGUUCAAGUGUCUUUCCAGUCUUUUACAUUAAAAGUCCCUUUCUCCUUGCAACAAUGCUGCCGAGAAAGGAAACCCACUUUGCAGAGGCCCAGCAUGGAAAUCCAGUAAUAUUGCACUGAACUCAAUGUUUGCUAGGGCCCGUGUCCUGGUCUCUGUGAUGUCAGUGGACACUUCCACCACUGACUCUGGCAAGACCUCAGUACAUCCCUGGUGCAUUUAUAUUCUCCUCAAUAUACUGUUUUCUCCUUCCGCAUACCAACACGUUGCUUUGAGUAGCUAAUUUUCAUAAACCCAGAAUACUCUUGUGUCCCACAUCAUGGUCAUGCCGUCACCUCUCCUGCAGUCCUGUGAUGGCAUGUGAUUCUGUCAUGGUGGCAUAAUGUUAAUUCCAUGGUGAUUACUGGUGUGGAUCCACGAUCCGCUAGCUCUCUCUGGCCUUACUGAGCAUAUCCGCAUUGUUGUGAUUGAAACCAAGUCCCUUUCAACUGGCCAGCUUUCCCCAACUCCCCAUGCACAUGGCUCACACCAUGGGGACUGUCUUGAUGAAAGUAUGUAGAGUCUUUCAUCAAAACCAUCCAUGAUGGGAAGACACCUUGGAUAUAUACCACAUCUCAUCACGUGACCCAGGGUUUUUGUUUUUUUCUUUCUCUGGGUAAAUCUAUGCUCCAUCAGGACCCUGCACAUUGGUAACGGUAACAGUGUGGCUGAAAAGAACCAUCCACUGGGAAGGUGGGGACAGACCUUGGUGGCUCUGCUGGGCCAGAUCCUCAGCUGGUGUAAAUCAGCAUUGCCCUUUUCAGGUCAAUGGAUCUCCAGUGAACUCAUUGGAGCCAGGUCAGUUUACACCAUCUGUGGAUCUGGCCCUUUCCUUCCUUUUUCGGGCAUACCUACACUUGCCGCCCAAGUAGUGGAGAUGCCAUUGGCCUUCACCUUUCCUCCAACAUUGCCUUUGCCCCUUAUCAGCUUUCCUAGCUCAGCUGCAGAACCUCCAAAAAUUCAUCCAAACUCUUUGUUUUUUUUGGGAGGGUGGGGGAAGGGAAGGGAGAAGAUUUCCUUCUCUAUUGGCAGUGCAUGAGCUGGGCUAUAGGGUUCACUCAUGGACACUAGUGUCCAUGAUGCAAUUCCUAGCAAACUAGCUGUUUUUCCCUGCUCUUCUGUCUAAAAUUGGGCCCAGCCCACUGCUACUGGGGCUGGAAUUGGAGUUAGACCUCUGACAUGUUGAGGGUUAUGGGAAUCCAGGAGUUUGGCCUGGGCCCUUCUCUCUUACUUUGUCGCCUCCUUUGAAUAUGGUCCCAGAAGUAGCAGGGCCAGCUUGUGGCUGAGAAGUCUCUGGGAAAUUCUGGUCCGAAGCCCUGAUUUUGGGAGUGGGUCCACAGGGUUGUGUGGGGGGCAAUCACAGUGCCUUUCACAGUUCAGUCAAAAGAGAAGCACAAGAAGGGAAGGAAGGAGACUGAGAAGUCACCAGGGUUCCCAGGAGGUGGGGCUGGGGCUUUGGUUAAUCCUGAAGGGCUUCCUUAGAAUGGAGGUCAGCUCAGCUAGUUGCCUCCACCAGGCAGAAAGGGAGUGGCUGACUUGUGCUCAGUAUCACGUAGGCCUUUGCACUAAUCCCACAGCCAUGAACUCCCAGCACCCCAUUCCCAGUGCACAAGGGAUCAGUAAUACAGUACGAAAGCAGUAUUUCCUCUCACCAGGUAAAAGGACCAAACAACUUCCCGCCUAUAAGCUGUGCUCUUUUGCCCCACUCUUCCAUGGUCCUUAUACCCCUCUGUGCAAGCCUUGUUGGCAUCAGGACCUUCUAGCAACAAGGGGAAGCACCAGCUCCUUGCUUCAGAUACUUUUCAGAGGGGGUUUAUGCAGGCUCUGAGCUUCUAGCUAUGGAACAGAGGAUGCCCAGCAUCUCACAGGAUGGAACAAGGCACUCCAUGCAGCCCAGGUAGAGGGCUCCAAACUGUUCUUCCACUGGUUUGUUGUUCUGCAGAGAUCAGAUGAGGGCCAACCUGCAGGCAAGGUUGUGGCUGGCUUUGCAGUGAGCCUUGACUUCACUACCUGGGUGGCUUAGAUGUGCUCUGUGGCUAGGGCCCAAGCCCUGGGGAGAUGGAUUUCAGAGUUGCAAGCCUGUUAAUUUAGCAAUGGCUUGGAUGCUGAAAUUACUGGGUGAGGUUCUGUGGCCUGUGUUAUGUGUAACCAACACUCCUGCCCCACCCAGGGGCACAUCCAUGCAGAACCUGGGACUAGAUCACCAUCAUGAUCCAUUUUAGCCUCACAAUCUAGGAGCUGGAGAGGGAUUUCAGCCCCUACUUAGCUGUACUGAAGCCAGAGCAUCCUGGCUGAGAGGGUGCUGUGAGGUGCCACUCAAUGUUGCUACUGCUAGGGUGUGUCUACACAUGCAUUUACAAUGGCUUAAAUUUACUGUGUAGUAAGUGGGAAUACUCAGGUGUCCACAUGUGCAGGCAUUAAAGCACAUUAACGCAGUGCAUGGACUGAUUUGGGACUAAAUUUAAUCCCAAAUCAGUCCCCACACACUGCAUUAAUGCGCUUAAUGCACAGUAAUGCAUCUACAUGUGUGUUAGUGUGCAAUAAAUAAUCGAGCAUAGGUUUGAUAGUUGCAUGAUGCAGGUGUCAAAUUUACUCUCAAGUUGGCCUAAGUUGCCAUAUUUACUGUGCAGUACAGGCAUGCAUAUGUAGAUGCGUGCCUGUCUGCACAGUAAUUUUGGUUACUGCACAGUAAAUACACACCCCUAGGUGUGUGAACAUGAUUCACACAAUAAACCCAGAAAUUUCAAAUAGGAAUCAGUAGUGUUAAAAACAUUCUGAUCUGUUGUGGGUUUUCUGAGCUCUUUGCAACAGAAGAAUCAUUCUGUUAUUUUUUUCUAUGGUAAAAAAAAACAAAAAAACCCAGGGAAACUAAGAGCUGGCAUUUACUGAGGGGUGCCUUGAGUCUAUCAAAGGGUGCCUCAAGUCUAAAAAGAUGGAGAACCACUGGUGUAAAAGGAGACCCCUAAUGCUGUUACUAGUGAAUCAGAGAGUUAGCAUGAGAGUAGAUGAAGGGAACUGUGCCUUUAAGGCCAGACUGCUUUGGGUCAGAGGGGGCAGUCCCUGGGGCUAUAUAAGGUGGACUCCAGGGAGAACUGGUCAGUCAGGCUUGGCCAGUGCUGGGAAAUGGAGUUCCCUACUACCUAUUGCAGAUACAAGGCUGUAAUUGUGAUUAGGCUCAAAGCUGGGAGAAGCCUAGUGGAACUGGGGAGGGUUUAGGGAGAUGGCACCCCAGGAGGGAAUUAAAUUUGAUGAAGCUUUUCAUUUUGAAGGAUUCAUGGCUGCAUAUACCUUUUCUGCAAGGCAUGGGGUGGCUGGAUGAGGGUGAGAAGCUGCUGAGGGAGUGUGUAGUCUGUUUGUUAUUGCAGGCUGCUUUAGGCUAGCUAGCUUAGGAGAACAGGUGGUGGGCUGAGAGCCCUGUGUACUGCUGGCUGGGCCAGGGAGCCUGCAGAGCUAGUGAGUAGGUGGGUGAGGGCCUCUAAUGCCAACCAUUGCAUGGGCCCAAGCAGGGAUGGCCCUGUGAUGUGAAAAGAGAGAGCCACUUAAGAUUGCCUCCUCUGACUAGACUGUGGGCCUACCCCUUAACUGUACUUGCCUCUCAACUGCCCUGCCUCUGAUAGUAAUCAGGCCACUUGGAUGUUGGGAGGGCAUGCAGGUGAGGGCCGACUGCCAGAGAGGCAUGCCACCCUAGGGCACUUGGGACCCGGCUACACAAGGGCACAGGUCUUUAGCAGAGGAUAAAUGUGUAUAAGCCAGUUCUGUGUAUUCUGGGCAGAUGGGGCUAUAAUACUCCCAUUCACUGCUUUUUCAGAAAAAUGGGGGGAGCGCACUGGCAAGGGCUUCAUCCUGUGAGAUGCAGAGCAAUUUUAACCAUGGUCUCCACUCGCAUCCAAGUUGGUGGGUACCUUAAGUGCUUGCAGAACAGGCCUGUUAAAGGCCCUUUCAGCAGCUGCUGUAAAUGAGUUAACUCUCUAGACGGGGGCAGAGCUGGGCAAAUCCAUAUAGAUGCGGGGGAAGCUUAACUUCCUUACCUGGCUAAGAUGCAGACAUGCCCACCAGUCAUAACUGUAGGCAUUUCCAGUAGCCCAAGGAUUCUCAUCAUCUUGAAGUCAUGUCCCACUGCAGUUGGGGGAGGAGCCAUUCCCUGGGGGAAGGAGUCAAGGGCUAAAGAGGUGCCUGCCAGCAUUUUACAAGAGCUUUCCCCUGCCUAUUCCUGACCAUACUUUUCCCACAUCUCCUAUGUGAAAUCUACCUCAGAGCUGAUGAGAACUCAAAAUGCUGGGUUAAAAAGAGUGAGAGGAGAGGAGAACACAUGCUGAAAAAACCAACUAUGGGGCUGAUCCUGCCCAUGUCCUCCCCUGGCAUGUCCAGGGGUCCAGUGGAUUCAGUCCCAUGGCGCAAAGUCCAGAAUGACAGCUUGCAGCGCUGCCCUGGGUCCUCGGCACGAAUUCCCCUGCCCAGUGACAUGGGUGCAGAGUGUUCUUGCUGUGUCAUUGAGUUGAGGCUACUCCAGGCCUGUUCCUUUGACCCCCCACCAACUGCCACCCCGUUCUAGUCCCCUACGGUCAGUUUUCUUCCAAAAGCAGAAAUUUGCCAUGUGGUAUAAUCCCCGCCUCUUCCCAGCUGACCGCCCAGUCAGGGUGGGGCUGAGCGGCCUGUCUGGUAUUGUUCUAUGCUGCAUGCUGUCGACCGACCGUAUCCCACCCACCCCCCUACCCUCCCUGCUCGAUACGACAUGCGGUCACAAGGGCUCCUCACUCGCCCAGCCCAGGAGAACUUGCAGAGACCUUGGUCUGUACGUAUCUUCCUUUUGUGUAUGUUCUCUUUAAAGAGAUCCUGUGUUCUGUGAAACAGAAUAAGUCAAAUAAAAGUUACCUAUGGACUGAC